CCCCCGCCCACGAGGAAGUGGCUGCGGCGCCGCGCGGGGCCCAGAGCCGGUUCGGCGCGUCGACUGCCCAGAGUCCGCGGCCGGGGCGCCCCGAGGAGCAGAGUGGCCAUGGCCUACCACAGCUUCCUGGUGGAGCCCAUCAGCUGCCACGCCUGGAACAAGGACCGCACGCAGAUCGCCAUCUGCCCCAACAACCAUGAGGUGCACAUCUAUGAGAAGAGCGGGGCCAAGUGGGUCAAGGUGCAUGAGCUCAAGGAGCACAACGGGCAGGUGACAGGCAUCGACUGGGCCCCUGAGAGUAACCGCAUCGUGACCUGCGGCACAGACCGCAACGCCUAUGUGUGGACGCUGAAGGGUCAGACGUGGAAGCCCACACUCGUCAUCCUGCGGAUCAACCGGGCUGCUCGCUGCGUGCGCUGGGCCCCCAAUGAGAACAAGUUCGCUGUGGGCAGCGGUUCCAGGGUCAUCUCCAUCUGCUAUUUCGAGCAGGAAAAUGACUGGUGGGUGUGCAAGCACAUCAAGAAGCCCAUCCGCUCCACCGUCCUCAGCCUGGACUGGCACCCCAACAACGUGCUCCUGGCUGCUGGCUCCUGCGACUUCAAGUGCCGGAUCUUCUCAGCCUACAUCAAGGAGGUGGAGGAGCGGCCGGCACCCACCCCAUGGGGCUCCAAGAUGCCCUUCGGGGAGCUGAUGUUCGAGUCCAGCAGUAGCUGCGGCUGGGUGCACGGCGUCUGCUUUUCAGCCAGCGGCAGCCGCGUGGCCUGGGUCAGCCACGACAGCACCUUGUGCCUGGCCGAUGCCGAGAAGAAGAUGGCCGUCGCAACUCUGGCCUCUGAAACGCUGCCGCUGCUGGCCCUGACCUUCAUCACAGACAACAGUCUGGUGGCGGCGGGCCACGACUGCUUCCCGGUGCUAUUUACCUACGACGGUGCCGCGGGGACGCUGAGCUUCGGGGGGCGGCUGGACGUGCCCAAGCAAAGCUCGCAGCGCGGCUUGACGGCCCGCGAGCGCUUCCAGAACCUCGACAGAAAAGCGAGCUCGGAGGGCGGUGCGGCCUCGGGCGCCGGCGUGGACUCACUGCACAAGAACAGCGUCAGCCAGAUCUCGGUGCUCAGCGGGGGAAAGGCCAAGUGCUCUCAGUUCUGCACUACGGGCAUGGAUGGCGGCAUGAGCAUCUGGGAUGUGAAGAGCCUUGAAUCAGCCUUGAGAGACCUCAAGAUCAAAUGACCUGUGAGGAGUAUGUUGCGCUCAUCCCAGCUGCUCAGGGUGGGGGUCAGGGAGGCUGAGGUCGCUUUGCUGAAUGUUUCUAGGGUACCAGUUUGGGUUCCCACAGGGGCUGCUCCCUCAAGAGGGGAGGGGGAAGGGGGUGGGAAGCUUUUCUUACCUAUUGAGGGAACACGUGCCUUUUUCUUAAAGAAAUGGUUUCAUUUCUUGUAAAAAAAUGUCCCCAAAGCACUCUACUGGUCAUGAACUGCUUCAAAAUAUGGAGGUAAUAAAAAUGCAAUUGUAGA